CCAUGGUCUCGCGCAAGUGUACAAACAAAGAAAAAGUAAAAUCAGCAUCGUCUUCUUAAAAUGCUUAUGUCUUCCUCCUCAACACGCGCUUCUUUCUCUGUCUACACGCACACAUGGAGAGAGACAAAGAGAGAAAACACGCACAACUAAUUCAUUAAUAUCUCUCUCGUUCUCUGUCUUCUCUCCGUCUGAUUAGGUUUAGGGUUUCAAAAUAUUUGCUUCUCUCAGCAUUUCAUUCCCUAUUGGAUUAAUUGGUAUUGUUUAUUGAAGGAGGCAGGAUGAAAUUGAUGCAAGAGGUGUUGUAAUUGGGUUUUAUUUCUAUUUUUUGGCUGGAUUUGGAUCAUGGAGAACGGUCACGAUGGGAAAUUAGCAAAUAAGAUGUCGGGAUUAGCGCUGAAUGAUUCGGCGACUUCAUCUUCCAAUCUUAAUUUCAAUAACAGUAGUACCGCCACUACUACUGCAAGUACUACCAUCAACAACAGCAAUAAUAACGAUAGUUUGUUUCAGGUUAUGAAAGCUGUAGAAGCUGCUGAGGCCACCAUCAGACAACAGGCAGAGGAGAAUACGCGAUUAAGGACUGAACUACAGAAAAAAAUUAAGGAACUCGAAAAAUAUAAAAUAGAUGAAUCAAUAGCACAAAGAUCUCAUUCUAUUGAUCAAUGGAAUGAGCGGGUUAAUGGCCCUUAUGAAGUUCAUCAAUCAGUUCCUUCUGUAGGUGAUCUAGAAGACAAAGUUAAGAGCAUGGGCAGCACUUCUGCAGUUCAUCAAUCAGGUACGCUUAAUAGAGAGGAUCCUGCCAUGAAGAGUCAAGUGGAAAGCCACUCUGACAGCAGCAAGAUCAAUGGGACAUUGAAGGUACUUCCGGGAGGGCAGGCACCUGUUGAUAAUGCUGGUCUCUCCCAGUUAUCUUCACCAUCCACAACAUCAGUUUCGCCAAGCAGGUAUCAAAUGGAAGGAGAAUAUGAUCAACAGUUCAAUUUGUCUGGACAUGGGCAAAUGCAAAUGGCUAAAGUAAAUAACCCUGGUGAUCUCUGGAAAGAGGUUCGGGAGCAUGAAGAAGAGAUUUUGCAGUUAAGGAAACAUCUUUCCGACUAUUCUAUGAAGGAAGCACAAAUACGCAAUGAAAAAUAUGUUAUGGAAAAGCGUAUUGCUUAUAUGCGUCUGGCCUUCGAUCAACAACAACAGGACCUUGUUGAUACUCAAUCAAAGGCUCUCUCAUAUAGACAAGACAUAAUUGAAGAGAAUAUACGUCUGACAUAUGAAUUGCAGGCUGCACAGCAAGAAAGGUCAACGUUUGUUUCAUCUUUGCUGCCCCUUCUCGCAGAGUAUUCUUUGCAGCCACCAGUUCCAGAUGCCCAGUCUAUCGUUAGCGAUGUCAGGGUUCUGUUCAGACAUCUUCAGGAGAAGCUCAUUCAAACUGAGUCUAAGCUCAAGGAAUCCCAGUAUCAAAUGGCACCUUGGCGUUCUGAUGUGAACCACUCAAAUGUAUCUCCUCAGUCACCAUCUCUUUCCACUGGUUUAGCAUUACACAAAAAUGGGCUUGAAUUGGUGUCACAGCCUGCAUAUUCCCUUGGAAAGAUACCAAUGACUUCUCCUGAUGCGCAGACAUCAGAUUGGGAUCGGGAUUUAUUGAGUCACCAACAGAGAGGUUUAGGAGGUGCAGUUGCAAAAAAUCUAGAAUCGGAUGAUUUGGGGAGAUAUUCACCUCUUGCAAGCAGGAACUCUACGAUCCAUGAUAUACCAGCACAGUUUGCAGCUACUAGGGGUGAUAGUCGUGCUGUACAUUAUGGUGAAGAAAUCACUAAUAAACAAGUUACAUUCUCUGAUCCUGUUAGCAACAAUGAGAUGGAUAAUCCAGAUGCAGAGGGACAACAGAAUGAGAGAGAACCUUCGGCCAGCUGGGGGACUACUGCCCUUGAUGAUCCUGGCUCCUCAUAUUCGCCUUACCUACCUCCUGUUCUUGAGGAACCUUCUUCUUCCUUUUCUGAGGCUGCAGAAGAUGAUCCAUUGCCAGCUAUUGAGGGUCUCCAAAUUUCAGGUGAAGCAUUUCCUGGACAAGAACUGCAGGCAUGUGGAUAUUCUAUCAAUGGAACAACUAGUUGUAAUUUUGAGUGGGUACGCCAUUUGGAAGAUGGAUCUGUUGAUUAUAUUGAUGGAGCAAAACAACCAAACUAUCUUGUUACUGCCGAUGAUGUUGAUACCUACCUUGCUAUAGAAGUCCAGCCUCUGGAUGACAGAAAGCGUAAGGGAGAGCUUGUAAAGGUGUUUGCAAAUGAGCACAGAAAAAUUAUUUGUGAUCUUGAAAUGCAACGACAUAUUGAGAAAACUCUUUAUAGUGGUCAUGCUUCAUAUAAAGUAUCCUUGUCGACUGGAUAUCUUGAUAUAUGGGAACCGGUCACUUUGGCCAUUAAGAGAGACGGUUACAACAUUAAGGGUAGUGGAUCCAGUGGCGCUAUAUUCACUGAGAAGUUUUCCCCAAACACAAGUGUUGCAAUCCCAUAUGGACAGCCUACAGAAUUUAUAAUCACCAGUUCUAGUGGCAUUCAGCAUCUCUUACGAGUGGAUAGCAACUCAAUGGAUUUUAGCUGUUCAAGAGAUACAAUUGUGAUCAUCUUGAGAUUAUUUAUCAUACGGGACCACACUCAUAAAUUGGUUUUUUUCCCCCCUCUUUGUUGGUGGCAAGCAUUGCAGAUGAUACGGUUUUUCAUGGAUGUGGCUUUAAACCUUUGGGUUAGACCAGCUUGUAUUGAAGGGUUAACACAAGGAUCAGGCUCACAUAAUAUAAUAUUCAGUCUUCUUUUUGUUAGUUUGGAAAGUCAUCUGGCUGCAAACUACUGUUUUCUAUGUCUACAAGUUCAGACGCUCUAGAUUGAAGUUAUUUUUGUUUAACAUCUCCAUGACUUUCUGUUAAGCUCCAUGGCCCUAUGAAGAAUCUUCUUGAAAAGGAAAAACAGUAAUCUAGCAUGACAACUUGUUGGAAUUCGACUUAAUAUUGCAAAUUGAGAGAGACGAAGGAGAACACAGUUUUAGCUUUAAAUGGUCCACUUUCUAAUAACCAAAAUAUUACUUUCUCUGUGAUAAUAUGAUUGCUAGAUAGCAUUUUAAGCUCCUUAAUUCGUAUUGAAAUUUGAAUGGGAAUUAGUAGUUCUAGUGCAGGAAUAUCAUGUUUCAAGUUGUAUAGAUUUUAUCUGCUCCUUAUCUUAGUUAAAGUAAAGUAGCUUUUAAAGGUUGCUACAUCAAA